AAUUCAUUCCAGGCCUUAAAUUUGUGUAGUUCACACAGUGUUCAAAAAGUUUACAUUAUUAUUUUGUUUUCUUUUUUCAAAUUGUAUCAUUUCGAAUUUUUGGAUUUGGCGCUUUUUUCGUCGAAUUAGGUAUUUAAACUGAAGAAAGCAAAUUGUAUCAAUUUUUUAUUACUUAAACCAACAAUAUGUGUUGCGGACCUGCUGGUUGUUGCCCAUCCUGUGGACCUCCUUGUGGCGGACCUUAUUGCAAGCCGUGCUGUGUUGAAAUGUGUUUUUCACCGUGUACACCUGCUUAUUUGCAAUGCUCUUAUUGCUGUGGGUGUUGAGAGAAAAGAAUAUCAUUGAUAAUUCGUCAAAAAAAUUUUCAAUGAGGAGAAAUGAGUAUUUUAAUAACUUAACGAUAACAAAAUAAUAAUGUAAAACCAAAAAAAAAAAACAACCAUAUCAGUGUUCCUUCUAUUUUUGUUUUGAU